CGGACUGAGCGUCUGUGACGGCGGAUUGAAAGUACAGGGAGAGAAGAGGGGAGUGGGGAACAUGAGUGGGAUAUCAAGAGAGUGCUACCGCUGACCAAACUUGACGGCAAAUGCCAGGCCGCCAGAGUGCAUUCCCGUUUCAGUGAACCUUCGGGAGAGUGGACUGUUGGGACUUGCUGCAUUGUUUCUUUUUCUUGUUUUUUUUGGUUGUUGUUUUAUUGUUGCAACGCUGGAAGUUUCAGAGUGGAAAUUCAUCGCCGGGGAGCCAGCCAGAUGUCAAGCAACAGCAACUCGUCUCCUCCCGUGUCCCAGAGAUUGCUGCCGUCCGCGCUGCCGCUGCCCGCCUCUUCGCCCACGCCGUCGCUGUCUCCGCCGGCCACCGCUGUGCUCUCGGGCCGGGUUUCCAAUGGGAGCCUCAGCGCCCCGAGUCCCACCAAUUCCCGAGGAUCCUUCAACGGCGUCUCCUUCCUUCUGCAGAUCGGCCUCACACGCGAACCGGUGACCAUCGAGGCACAGGACAUCUCCCUCUCUGCCGUCAAGGAUCUCGUCUGCUCUAUCGUGGACCAAAAGUUCCCAGAAUGUGGCUUUUUUGGAAUGUAUGACAAGAUCUUGCUCUUUCGCCAUGACCUCAAUUCUGAGAACAUCUUACAGAGGCUGAUAUCAGCGGAAGAAAUUCAUGAAGGGGACUUGAUUGAGGUUGUUCUUUCUGCACUAGCUACUGUUGAAGAUUUCCAGAUCCGACCACAUACUCUUUAUGUGCACUCCUACAAAGCUCCAACUUUCUGUGACUACUGUGGAGAGAUGUUAUGGGGAUUAGUGCGUCAAGGCUUAAAAUGCGAAGGUUGUGGUCUGAAUUAUCACAAACGAUGUGCCUUCAAAAUUCCAAACAACUGUAGCGGUGUGAGAAAAAGGCGCCUGUCCAAUGUUUCCCUGCCAGGUCUCUCUAUUCCAAGACCUGCACCAUUGGACUAUUCAGGAGCAGUCUCAGAGGAGGGGCAGGGGCUCCAUUCGGGGAUACAGCCGAAAAGUGAUGAAGUACGUUUAGUCAAGCGUUGCCACCAGGAGACCAGCAAGAGAAUCCCUUCAUGGAGUGGGCGACCAAUUUGGAUGGAGAAGAUGGUGCUGGGCAGGGUAAAAGUACCGCAUACCUUUGUCAUACACUCCUAUACACGCCCCACUAUUUGUCAGUAUUGCAAGCGGCUAUUGAAAGGUCUAUUUCGACAAGGAAUGCAAUGCAGAGAUUGCAAGUUUAAUUGCCACAAACGAUGUGCAUCCAAAGUACCCAGAGACUGCCUUGGCGAAGUCGUUUUUAAUGGAGAGCCAGCAAGCCCAGGACCUGAUUCAGAUAUGCCUAUGGAGGUGGAUAGCAGUGACAUGAACAGCGAGGGCAGCAGGAUGUUGGACGACACAGAGGAGCCGUCAACAUCAGAAGAGAAGUUGUAUUUUAUGGACUCCUCUGAUUUGGAUGGAGAAAAAGACGAAGAACCUGUCCGAACAAUCAGUCCUUCAACAAGCAACAAUAUUCCCCUCAUGAGAGUUGUACAGUCUAUUAAGCACACAAAAAGGAAGAGCAGUACAAUGGUGAGAGAAGGUUGGAUGGUCCACUACUCCAGCAAAGACAAUCUAAGGAAAAGACAUUACUGGAGGUUGGACAGCAAGUGCCUUACACUCUUUCAAAAUGACACUGGAACCAAGUAUUAUAAGGAAAUCCCACUGUCAGAAAUCCUGCAGUUGGAUCCACCUCGGGAUUUUACAAAUCUGGCUCAAGGCAGCAACCCUCAUUGUUUUGAGAUAAUAACUGACACCAUGGUGUAUUAUGUUGGAGAGAAUCUUGGAGGCAACUACCAGAAUCAUGCCCUGGCUGCCACAGGAGUAGGCUUAGAUGUCGCACAGAGCUGGGAGAAGGCCAUUCGACAAGCCCUGAUGCCAGUAACUCCACAAGCCAGUGUCUGCACCACAGUAGGUCAAGGCAAAGAACACAAAGACCUGUCUCUCAGCAUUUCUGUAUCUAACUGUCAAGUGCAGGAGAAUGUGGAUAUCAGUUCUGUGUACCAGAUCUUUGCUGACGAGGUUCUAGGUUCAGGGCAGUUUGGAAUAGUGUACGGCGGGAAGCACAGGAAGACUGGAAGGGAUAUGGCAAUUAAAGUGAUUGAUAAAAUGAGGUUCCCCACAAAGCAGGAGAGCCAACUUCGCAACGAGGUUGCUAUCCUUCAGAAUCUUCAUCAUCCAGGAAUUGUAAAUCUUGAAUGCAUGUUUGAAACUCCAGAAAGGGUCUUUGUUGUCAUGGAAAAACUCCACGGAGACAUGCUGGAAAUGAUUCUGUCCAGUGAGAAAAGCCGCUUGCCAGAACGUGUCACCAAAUUUUUAGUCACACAGAUUCUUGUGGCUUUAAGACACUUACACUUUAAGAACAUUGUACACUGUGACCUGAAGCCUGAGAACGUACUACUUGCCUCAGCGGAUCCUUUCCCUCAGGUAAAGCUCUGUGACUUUGGCUUUGCUCGUAUUAUCGGUGAGAAGUCAUUCAGACGGUCCGUGGUGGGAACCCCAGCCUACCUUGCUCCAGAAGUCCUCCGGAGCAAAGGAUACAACCGGUCUCUUGAUAUGUGGUCAGUGGGUGUUAUAAUCUACGUGAGCCUCAGUGGCACUUUCCCAUUCAAUGAAGAUGAAGAUAUUAAUGACCAGAUCCAAAAUGCAGCAUUCAUGUACCCACCAAAUCCAUGGAAAGAAACUUCCAGUGAAGCCAUUGAUCUAAUUAACAACCUGUUGCAAGUAAAGAUGAGAAAACGUUACAGUGUGGACAAAUCACUCAGUCACCCUUGGCUACAGGAUUAUCAGACGUGGCUAGAUCUUCGAGAGUUUGAAACCAGGAAAGGAGAGCGUUACAUCACACAUGAAAGUGAUGAUGCACGUUGGGAAGAAUAUUCCCAAGAACACCAUCUCCAGUAUCCCAAACACUUCAUCAUGGCACCCAAUCUAGAUGAUAUGGAGGAAGAUCCUUAAUGUAUCAAACUGGGCAA